AUGGCAAUAAGUAAUGUUGUUGAUGUUAGCAGCAAAAAAAGGGGAAGGGUAGGAAGGAAAAUAAAUGUGUUCAACAUGGAGGCACUCAAUGCCAUCCCAAUUGAAAAAGGAACAAUCAUUAGGUCAAUUGCUAAUGAAAUAAAGAUGGGACAUUCACAAGUGUAUAGAAUGUUAAAAGCAGAAGAUCUUAGAUCACACACAAAUUCUAUCAAACCAAAGCUUUCACAUGAACACAAACUUAAGCGACUUAACUUCAUUUUGUCCGAAAUAAUCCUGCCCACUGUUAAUACAUUACCGAAAUUCACUUUGAUGUACAAUGUUGUGCACAUAGAUGAGAAGUGGUUUUUCAUGAGCAGAGAAACACAACGAUUUUACUUAUUCUCAUGGGAAGAAGAAGAGCCAUAUAGGUUUGUACAAAACAAGAAUUUCAUAGGAAAGGUCAUGUUCAUAGCUUCUGCUGCUAGGCCAAUCGUUAACACUGAUGGAGACAUACUGUGGGAUGGGAAAAUAGGUAUAUUCCCAUUUAUAGAGACACAACUUGCACUUAGAAGUUCAAGCAACAAGCCAGCAGCUAAUGGAGUCAGGGACAUAUGGAUUCAACAAGACAAUGCAAGGCCACACAUAUUAACAGAUGAUCAUGCAUCCAAUAAAGCUGCAACACAAGAUGGUUUCAAUAUCAGGUUAGUUUGCCAACCGGCCUCUAGUCCUGACAUGAACAUUUUGGAUUUAAGUCUGUUUAAUGCUCUUCAGUCAAUUCAGUUUAGAGAAUUUCCUAAGGACUCGCCGGCAUUGAUUAAGUCAGUAAUUGAUGCAUAUGAUACUUUUAAUCCAAGACUUUUGAAUUACUCAUGGAUUCAAUAUCAGUUAUGCAUGCUUAAGGUACUUAAAGUUAGGGGUGGUAGUAAUUACAAGCAGCCGCAUAUAGGAAAGAAAAGGUUGGACAGGUUGCGUGAGUUACCAAGUCAACUUGAAGUUCCAUUGGAACUAAUAGAUUCAGCACAUCAAGUUUUAUGUCACGGUAUAAUUAAUCUCAAUGGUCUUCCACAAGAUGAAGAUUGA